AUGAGUCCAUCGUCACCGGGGAAGGACGCAGCCGCCUCGUGGUCAGGCUUGUCUCCUAACAUGGCCACAGUGGUGUCCAGAGAGGCGGUCCCCAGUUACCCGUCGUCUAUCUCACACUCCCUGGACGAUUUCUCUUACCCGUCACCGGCUGAUACGGGCUCCAGUAUUGGUUCUCUUGCCCCUUUCACCUUUUCGCCAGUCACCAUAUCGCAGCCCAGCUCGUUCCUUCGACACUCUGCAGACGUCCCCGAACAGCCUUUGGGGCAUCCUUCGCCCCGCCAAGGCAGCACACCGGAUCAGGGGUAUCCUCACUCGCAGUAUUCAUCUCCUACCGAUGCCGUUAGUGCCUAUGCCACUUACCAGUCACAGAGUUCAUCAGACCCUCACGAGGGUAUGUCCCCUCUCUCUAAAAGUCCACAGCAUUUUGCAUCGCCUAGUGUGACCCAGGAUGCCGAAUCGAUGCCAGGGGGCGUGGCUAGUAGUACUGAGGACUUCUUCAACAAAAUCAUGAAUAGCCCCGUAUUAUCUGAAAAUCGCCCGCAGGUCCAUGCCGGAGAGCCACUGGUCACUGGCGAUUUAAGGCCUUUGGGUAUAGGCCACGAGGUUGAUGUACCCGGGGGAAUUUCGAGCGCAGAAAGAAAGUGGCAUGCUUAUCUCACCAGCGUUACAGAUAAUUAUGGUUUGGACUGUGGCCGUCCAGAUCUGGAUUUGAAUAAGAAUGACGAUCAUUCGGCCAUUGAUAUCAAUUACGCCCUGGAUUUAAUCAAUACACAAAUUGAAUCGUCUGCGGCGUCUAACAAUCGACAGGGCGAUUCCUCGUCCACGGAUUCGCAACAAAAUAGUUUGGAUGGUGUGAAGUUUGCGUAUUACGCAUCACCUGUACCGAUCAACAUCCCGCGUUAUCUAUCGCCGUUACCAUCAACUCUAGUGCAAACGCCUAUCAACCUGAUGUAUUUCCAUCAUUUUAUCAAUCAUACAGCAAGAAUGCUAGUUCCGCACGACUGUAGCGAUAAUCCAUUUGUUUCUGUUCUACCAUCAACGUACUCCGCUAGUCACCGUGCGAGAUAUCUGGAGCAUCCAGAACCUGCUAAUCGUAUCGCGCACUGGCACAUGCUGCUCGGCUGA